ACAAAUUUACAAAACUGAAACAAAUGCUCAGGAAUACGCUGCAUUUAAUAGCCCUGGGUGGGCGCCAGGAUCUAGUGCGGCGGUCACUGCUCCCUUGCACCGCCAGACUGUUGCCGGUAGAGAAGCGGGAGCAGCCGCAGCAAAUACAGACCGGCUUGUUGCAGGCGCGCGGUUAUGCAAAAGGCAAGGACAAAAAGAAGGAGAAAGGCGGCAAAGGAAAGGCGGGAAAAGUGGAAAUCAAUGAGCAGCAACUGCGAGAGAUUAUCAACUUGGACAGCCUCAACACACAAAUGGAAAGGUCGGUGCAGCAGAUGAAGGAGGACUUUAUCAAGCACCUAUCGCUACGCUCUACCAGCGGAGCCAUUGACACGCUGCGCAUCAAAGUGGACGGCGAUGAGCACGAGCUCCAGGAGCUGGCACAGAUAUCGCGAAAGAAUCCUAAGACGAUUAUUGUCAAUAUGAUUGCCUUUCCCCAAACCAUUCCCGACGUGCUGAGGGCCAUCGAGAAGAGCGGCAUGAAUCUAAAUCCCCAGCAGGACGGCACGACACUGUUCAUACCCAUACCCAAGGUGACCAAGGAGCACCGCGAGAAUCUGUCCAAGAACGCCAAGGCUCUGUUCGUCAAGUACCGGGAUGCCAUACGAAACGUUCAGAACGACCACAUUCGAAAACUGAAGAAGCAGCCGGACGUCGGCAAAGAUGAUGCCUUUGCUGCACAGACCCAGGUCACGGCCAUUGGGGAUAAGUUCAUUGCCGAAGCGGACAAGCUGCUGGCCAGCAAGCAGAAGGAGCUGCUUGGCGAUAAUUAAGACUGAUUGAUGUGUUCGAGACCCGCUUUCGCUGAUUUAAAAGCAAAAUAAACUACUAUCAUUUGUGCACUUA